GAAACUGCUAUGGUAUUGUUUAGUUUAGCUAGCAAAAACAAAACAGAAAAAGGAAAAGAAAGUAACCAAAUUACCAAUGAAGGAGGAGGAUCCUAUGAGCGAUAGGAAUCAGACCUUUCAAGCGGAUCCAAAUCUUCCUCGAUGGGUUUGCCAGAACUGCCGCAACCCUCUUUGCAUCGUCGGCGUCGAUUCCUUCGCCGACAAGUUCUUGAACGACUCUUCUUCUCGUUCCGGAAUGCAGGGCUGUUCUGUACAUGGGGCCAACAGCAUUUUAGGCUUAACACGUAUGGACAAUUCUUUUGUUGUGUUGCCAAAGCAAAAGCCCCAGGCACCAGGAGUCCCUCCACGUCCUCGUAGUGGAGCUGUUCAGCCUGAUACUGGCCAGUCUGGCAAGGCAAUGGAAGAAUCCUUUGUGGUCGUGUACAAGUCCGAGCCAUCAUCUGAUGGAGGUGGUUCGCAUUUGCCAUCAAUAGAAGGAGGGCCUAAUGGUCAGCUGCAUCCCAAUAAUGCUGGAUUCAACUCUACCAUAACUGUUCUCAAACGAGCAUUUGAGAUUGCCACAACCCAGACACAGGUUGAGCAACCUUUAUGCCUUGAAUGCAUGAGGGUGUUAUCCGAUAAGCUCAAUAAGGAGGUUGAAGAUGUAAACAGGGACAUUGAAGCUUAUGAAGCCUGCCUUCAGCGCUUGGAGGGGGAAGCUCGUGAUGUUCUUAGUGAGGCUGAUUUUCUUAAAGAGAAACUAAAGAUUGAGGAAGAAGAAAGAAAACUUGAAGCAGCAAUUCAAGAAACAGAGAAACAAUAUGCAGAAGUAAAUGCUGAGCUGAAGGAACUAGAAAUUAAAUCUGACCGCUUUAAAGACUUGGAGGAGCGGUAUUGGCAGGAGUUCAAUAAUUUUCAGUUUCAGUUAAUUUCUCAUCAGGAAGAGAGAGAUGCAAUUCUGGCAAAAAUUGAAGUUUCACAAGCUCAUUUGGAAUUGUUGAAGAAAACUAAUGUACUGAAUGAUGCCUUCCCCAUCCAUCAUGAUGGAGAGUUUGGUACAAUAAACAACUUUCGACUUGGAAGGCUUCCUAAAAUUGCGGUUGAAUGGGAUGAGAUAAAUGCUGCCUGGGGCCAAGCCUGCCUUCUCCUUCACACAAUGUGCCAAUACUUCAAGCCAAAGUUUCAAUAUAGAAUAAAAAUACUUCCUAUGGGGAGUUACCCCCGGAUUAUGGACAGCAGCAACAAUAUCUACGAGCUGUUUGGUCCAGUGAACUUGUUUUGGAGUACUCGCUAUGAUAAAGCAAUGACUUUGUUCCUAACAUGCCUCAAGGACUUUGCGGGGUUUGCAUAUUCAAAGGAUCAAGAAAACAACAUUCCACCUGAGAAACGCUUCAAACUUCCAUAUAAGAUUGAGAAUGACAAAGUGGAAAGCCACUCUAUUACACAGAGCUUCAAUAAACAGGAGAAUUGGACCAAAGCACUCAAGUACACGCUCUGCAAUUUGAAAUGGGCUCUCUAUUGGUUUAUUGGAAAUACAAACUUCCAGCCCCUUACUGCAAUGGUGUCUCCCCGAGUUGAAGUUGCAGCUGUAAAUUCUUUCUACACAAAGCGUGGUAAUGAUUCCAAGGCUGAAUCUAGACGUCCGUGAAACAUGCUGCAGAAUCGCAAAUCAUGCAACAUAAUAUAUCAACGUGUAAAUAGAAAUAGGUAUUCUGCUGUGCAAAUCCCAUUUUCAUUUCUAGUAUUGUAUAUGAUACCUGUUUCAAAUAUUCGUGAUGGAAAAUAGAUCUUGCUCUUUUUUCUUCA